AAACGCAUCGCGGAGAUGGGGUUCAACCCCGGUGGUGGUGUCAUCAACUGGUUCCCCGGGCACAUGGCUGCCGCCACUCGGGCUAUCCGUGAUCGUCUCAGGCUCGCCGACCUCGUCAUCGAAGUACGCGAUGCCCGCGUGAGACACCACUCUCUUGCACCACUUUUCUCUCCUUCCCCGCCACCCAAACAACUUUAGUACCUCUUGCUGCCCUAACAAUCCUAAGCGACGCCUCCUUGCUUCGACCAUCGUUCUCCUGAACUUGUAUAGUCUUUUAGUUUGUUAAUGGGGACGUUCUGGGAAUGAAAACACAAGUGGUAAGUUGUCUACCAUUUGUUCGAUGAAAAGACUUUGAGGGGCACUGAAGUCGCAACCUAAACACCUCUUUCUUAAGCAUCAUAGAAAACCUGAUACUUCUAAAUGGCUAUCUACUUGUAAAUGAAAUGACAGACAAGUGCUCUUUUGUGAGUUGAUCCAGUUGCUGCCUUCACUUGAGCAAGCACACUAUAGGUCACACUCUUCUUUCGCAACUGCUUUAACUGAUUCUAGCCACCAAAGUAAUAAAAAUUGUUGACGUCUCAGUACAUGCUGUUUUCUGUUUGGUCGUUGGAGCUUAAUUUUAGGCUGUAAGAGGAGCAUGAUUCCAUUAUCAUCCGCUAAUGAGGAUCUCCAGAGUCUGCUUUCCUGUAAGAGGCGUAUAAUUGCCCUAAAUAAGAAAGAUAUGGCAAAUCCGAACAUAAUGCAUCGAUGGGUACAGCAUUUUGAGUCAUGCAAGCAAGACUGUCUGUCAAUGAAUGCUCACCUCAAAAGUUCUGUAAGCCAGCUUCUAGCACUUGUGGAGUUGAAAUUGAAGGAAGUCAUUUCUAGAGAACCUACACUUCUUGUUAUGGUUGUUGGUGUCCCAAAUGUUGGCAAAUCAUCUCUUAUCAAUUCUAUCCAUCAGAUUGCAAAUUCUCGUUUUCCAGUGCAGGAGAAGAUCAAGUGUGCUACGGUGGGACCAUUGCCAGGUGUGACACAGGACAUUGCAGGAUACAAGAUUGCAAAUCGGCCUAGCAUAUAUGUACUGGAUACACCAGGUGUCCUUGUGCCUAGCAUACCAGAUAUAGAGACGGGCCUAAAGCUUGCUUUAACAGGGGCUGUCAAAGACUCAGUGGUUGGUGAAGAACGCAUUGCUCAAUAUUUAUUGGCAAUUUUGAAUAGUAGGAGAACACCUCUACAUUGGGAUCGCUUAGGUAAUGAACGAAUGCGGACAGCACCUGAGUUUGAUGGAAGAAACAAGAAUAUUUUUGCUGACUCAAUUCCAAAGAGGAGGAGGCAAUUGAAUGUGUCUGAUUCUGAUGCUUUGUACAUUGAGGAUCUUGUGAGAGAGGUCCAACGAACAUUGUAUCUCACAUUCAAAGAUUUCGAGGGCAAUUUGGAGGAAGAGGGUGAACUAGAAAGUCUGAUUGACGCUCAACUUACGGCACUCCGGAAAUCAUUUAGGAUACCGUCUCAUAGAGCAUGUGAUGAAGCUCGGACGAUGGUCUCAAAGAAGUUACUAACCUUAUUUAGGACAGGAAAACUGGGCCCAUUCAUACUCGACAACCUUCCAAAUUCUUCAUAAUCCUUCCCUUGCAAACAACAGAAUUGAAGUUUAUGCGCUGUAUAUAACAUGUUAUUUGAUGUGAGCCAUCACAUUCCUACUGUUAGGAAGGAAACAGGAAACCCCUAAAAUGAAGUGGCAGUUAACCAGAAAAGCAAUAUGAGAAAAGAGGGAGAGUUGAGAAUUCCCAUCAUAUGACAUAAUUCACAUUUUUUCUUUGUCUUUUAGCAAUAUUUGAAUCUCCUGAAGAAUCAGAAAUUUUGACUUCUGGUAUGCCAACUAGGAUUACAAAAUUUUGUACCACAUUUGUACUAAUGUUUUGUAACAUUCAGACCUGAUAAGGGGAAGUGAGACAUGGCAGUCUUAUGACA